AUGACAAAUGAAUACUUAUCUUCUCCAAUGGGAAUUAUUUUCCUUUAUUAUUACUCGGCAUCGCGUCNAAUUCAUGCUUGCCUUUAUUUUAUCACACCAUCUGGUCAUAGUCUUCAAUCAUUGGAUAUUGAAUUUAUGAAACGUCUUCAUGAUCGUGUCAAUAUUAUUCCUGUUAUUGCUAAAGCUGAUACAUUAACAUCCGAUGAGUUGCGUUUAUUCAAAAAGUCCAUUAUGCAAGAUAUAACAAAUGAGAAAAUCAAACUUUACGAAUUUCCAGAUCAUAAUGAUGAAAAUAAACUGAAUAAAACUUAUAAAGAUAAAGUUCCUUUUGCUGUUGUUGGAAGCAAUUUUGUUUUAGAACGUGGAACUAAACGUUCAAGAGUUCGACAGUAUGCUUGGGGAACUGUUGAUGUUGAAGAUGAAGCUCAUAGCGAUUUUAUUGCUUUACGAAGUAUGAUAAUCAAAACAAAUCUGAAUGAUUUACGAGAUGUAACACAUAAUAAUCAUUAUGAAAAUUAUCGUUAUAAAAAGUUAAGCUCAUUCAAUGCAAAUGAAACGAAAAAUGGAAAACUUUUACAGGCACCAUCAAUUAAUAAGAAUUUAUUAUCUCAACUCGAAGAUGAAAGAAUGGAAACCGAAGCAAGAUUGGAUAAGAUGUCGAGAGAUAUGGAAAAUGUUUAUCAAACGAAAGUCGAAGAGAAAUUACAAAGACUAGAAGAAAAUAAACAAAAUCUUCUAAAAACACAAGAUACAUUUCAAGUCAAUAUUCAACAAGAAGAACAAAGAAUCGAACAGAAACGUCAGGAAUUCGAACGAAAUCGACGACAAUGGGAGGAAAAUUUUAAUAAAUCAGGAUUUUACGAGCAAAACUCUUCUCAUUCUCUAGAAUAUUUAUUCCAUAGACUUUGUCAUGNACUUUUAUCAUUAAAAGAAGAUCCUGUUGUUAAUGUUCGUCUUUCACUUGGAACAUUUGUUUAUCAAAAUCUAGUUCACAAUGAUUUUUAUAAUGGUUUAUCAGAUGAUUGGAGAAGUCAAUUAGAUGAAUGUCUUCAAAUGUUAUUAGUUGAUCGUGAUCGUGAUAUAAUAACAAUGAAGAUUCAGAUAGUUCAAUACAAAAUAAUACAAUUACGCUCGGUGAUCAAUCUUAACUUAUUCUUGUUAUUUUUCGUUUUUUCUAUUCAAUGA